CUUUGAACCGUGCAACUAGCUGUGGUGUUGUGGUCUUCUCUCUCCACCGAAGUGCCAGUCAUACGGAUACCCUACCACCAUCACGAUGAAGCUCCUCGUUGGCCUUGGAGCUGUCGCCGUACCUCUGGUGUCCGCACGGAUCGUCGCACCCCGCGGCCCCAGCGUCUCGUACGACGGUUACAGAGUCUACAGGGUCGACACCCACGCCGAUGUCGCCACGGUCGAAUCCCAGAUCCGCAACUUGCGUCUCGUCAACUUCAGCCCGGGCACCAUCGACCACCUUGACCUUGCCGUCUCCCCCGAGGACAUCUCCGCCUUUGACGCCCUCGGCCUCGACGCUGCCGUAGUGCACGAGGACCUGGGCAAAGACAUCCUUUCCGAGGGUCCCCUCCGGCCCUAUCUGCGGACAACCGAAAGCGCCGACCUGCCCGGCCUCGAGUGGUUCGACAACUACCACCCUUAUGAAGACCACCUUCAAUUCCUGGAGGACUUGCACCUUGCCUUCCCAGACAACUCGGAGCUUGUGACCGCCGGCGCGUCGUACGAGGGCCGUCCUAUCCAGGGCAUUCAUUUCUGGGGAGAGAAUGGCAAGGGCGGAAGGCCUGCCGUGUACUGGCACGGUACUGUCCAUGCGCGAGAGUGGAUCACCACCAUGACGGUCGAGUACCUGCUGUACCAGCUCAUUUCGGGCUACCUUGACGGCACCGAAGACGUCAAGGCCAUAGUCGAUGCCUACGACUUUUAUAUCCUUCCUGUGGUCAAUCCGGAUGGCUUCAUCCACACGCAGACCACGGACCGCAUGUGGCGCAAGAACCGCCAACCCCGCGACGCCGAACGCUGCACCGGAACAGACGUGAACCGCAACUGGCCCCACUUCUGGAACGUCACGGGCGGCGCCUCGGACAGCCCCUGCGCCGAGACCUUCCGCGGCCUGUCUCCGGGCGACACGCCCGAGAUGCAGUCCCUGGUGGCCUUCACGGACGCGGUGGCCGCCGCCAACGAGGGCGGCAUCAAGCUGUACAUCGACUGGCACAGCUACGGCCACCUGAUCCUCCUCUCCUACGGCGGGGACUGCGAUGCCCGCGUCGAGAACUACGAGCGCCAGAUGGAGCUCGCCCGCGGCACGGCGGCGGUGGUGGAGACGGUGGAUGGGUCCAAGUACACCGCCGGGCCGGUGUGUGAUGUGCUCUACGCGGCGAGCGGUGGGAGUAUGGACUAUGUGUAUGAUGUCGCGGGGGCCGAGUUGUCGUGGGGUUACGAACUGAGUCCUGCUGAUGCUGCUGGCGGUGGGUUUGUCUUGCCGGCGGAUCAGAUUCUUCCUACGGUUGUUGAGAACUGGGAGGGGAUGCGGUGGUUGCUGAGCACCAUGUGAGGCUGGGUAUGAUGCAUGACGGAUAGUCCCUACUCCUCUUCACAGUUGCUCUUGAGCACUAUAAUCUGACCCGAUCAGGAACGUUUUGAUUGACCAUGGCAAACGAGGUUCGUCUGGGUAUCAGACAAGCAUUUGCUGAUGCAAGUGAGGACUGUGAGGGCUAUCCGCUGAACAGUGAAUCGGGAAUUCAGGAUCAGCAACAAGGAUAAUAACCAGAACAAGUAACUAUGUGCAGAAAAUGGAGUAAAAGAAUGGAAAGCAACCCUAGCAACCCGGUGUGGGCAGAUAGUUCGUUUUCUCUUGCUCGUAGAG